CAUCUGAGAAUACUCAACGCACAGCCGUUUUUGAACAACCGCCGCCUACUCACAAUGGGUUCCAUCAACUGCAAGGAAUACAAAACUACGGGGAGUACCCCCAAAAAGGAAAAGUCGACGGGUAACACAGGUGGUGCCGUGGGUUCGUACCAGUCCAAGUGCAGCAACCAAAGCAACCAGAGCAACCAGAGUCCCAGCACAACCAUGUCGACGGAGGCCUCCUCGCCGGACGCGGAGUACACGGGUGCGGUGAACGUGGAGCUGAAUGUGGCGGACCUCAAGGAGAACGAGAUGAGGCAGGUGGACUUCGAUGAGGACACCCGCGUGCUGGUGGUGAAGCAGAACGACCGCCUGCUGGCGGUGGGCGCCAAGUGCACCCACUACGGGGCUCCGCUGCAGACGGGCGCCUUGGGUUUGGGUCGCGUCCGCUGUCCCUGGCACGGCGCCUGCUUCAACCUGGAGAACGGCGACAUCGAGGACUUUCCCGGGCUCGACUCCCUGCCCUGCUACCGCGUGGAGGUGGGCAACCAGGGGCAGGUGCUGCUCCGGGCCAAGCGCUCCGAUCUGGCCAACAACAAGCGGCUGAAGAACAUGGUCAAGCGGAAGCCCGACGACCAGCGGGUCUUCAUUGUCGUGGGCGGCGGUCCCUCGGGCGCCGUGGCCGUGGAGACGCUGCGCCAGGAGGGCUUCACCGGCCGCCUGAUCUUCGUGUGCCGCGAGGAGUACCUGCCCUACGACCGCGUCAAGAUCUCCAAGGCCAUGAGCCUGGAGAUCGAGCAGCUGCGCUUCCGCGACGAGGACUUCUACCGCGAGUACGACAUCGAGCUGUGGCAGGGCGUGGCCGCCGAGCGGCUGGACACCGCGCAGAAGGAGCUGCACUGCAGCAACGGCUAUGUGGUGAAGUACGACAAGAUCUACCUGGCCACCGGCUGCUCGGCCUUCCGGCCGCCCAUUCCGGGCGUCAAUCUGCAGAACGUUCGCACGGUCCGCGAGCUGGCCGACACCAAGGCCAUCCUGGCCUCCAUCUCCGCCGAGUCGCGCGUCGUCUGUCUGGGCUCCAGCUUCAUCGCCCUGGAGGCCGCCGCCGGCCUGGUCGCCAAGGUGCAGAGCGUCACCGUCGUGGGCCGCGAGAACGUGCCGCUGAAGGCCGCCUUCGGGGCGGAGAUCGGCCAGCGGGUGCUGCAGCUGUUCGAGGACAACAAGGUGGUCAUGCGCAUGCAGAGCGGCAUCUCGGAGAUCCUGGGCGACGACGAGGGCAGAGUGAGGGAAGUGGUGCUGCUGGACGGCUCGCGGCUGCCCUGCGACCUGCUCAUCCUGGGCACGGGCUCCAAGCUGAACACCCAGUUCCUGGCCAAGUCGGGCGUGAAGGUGAAUCGGAAUGGGUCCGUGGACGUCACCGACUUCCUGGAGUCCAAUGUGCCGGAUGUGUAUGUGGGCGGCGACAUAGCCAACGCCCACAUCCAUGGGUUGGCCCACGACCGCGUGAACAUCGGGCACUACCAGCUGGCCCAGUACCACGGACGCGUGGCGGCCAUCAACAUGUGCGGCGGCGUCAAGAAGCUGGAGGCCGUGCCCUUCUUCUUCACCCUGAUCUUCGGCAAGGGCAUCCGCUACGCGGGCCACGGCUCCUACAAGGAGGUCAUCGUCGACGGCAGCCUGGAGGAGUUCAAGUUCGUGGCCUACUUCGUCAACGAGGCGGACACGGUGACGGCGGUGGCCUCGUGCGGCCGCGAUCCCGUCGUGGCCCAGUUCGCCGAGCUCAUCUCGCAGGGCAAGUGCCUCGGAAGGGGCCAGAUCGAGGACCCCGCCACGCGGCAGGACUGGACCAGGAAGCUGGGCGAGCCGCUGCCCCAAGUUCGCUAGGAAAAAUGAAGAAACACCUGUGUAUUAUCGCUGAGAUUCGUUGUUAGAUGUAUGCAUAUUCAUGCUAUCGUUGGGUAUUCAUUAUAUACUCCUUAUGCAAGGCACCUGCAAGGUGUCCAACCCCAUCUGUGUAUAUUUAUAAUCGUAGUUGGCUAGUGACUCCCUGGAGUUCCUGCCGCGGCGGCCGCUUUUGGGCCCCCGAGAAGAUCAAAGAUUUAAGCUUUUUAUCCCCUUGCCACACAAUGUAUUUCUUGAGUCAUAUUCGUUUAUUUUUGCUAAAUAAAGUGUUUUAACGAUGUCGUAAUUCCAGUUAAAA